AUGGCGACGCCUGGCCCCGCGGGUGCCGCGACCGUCAGCUUCGGCGGCGAAGACGAUGUCAAGCGCCGCGUCGGCAAGAAGCUCCAGAAGAAGCGCCACGAGCCAAACAACACACCAGCCAUGGAACUGCCCGAAAGGUUAAAGGACGGCGACGACAGCAGAGACGAGGAUCUGGUUCCGACCCAGGGCCCGCCCAUGUUCAUGAAUAUGAACCAGUCCAUCUUUGGCCUCAUCGCCGCCGCCGGUUCCCGCGUCGACUUCCACGAUCGCUUCGAGUCCAGCGACGAAGAAAGCGCCGACGACGACGACGACCGCCGACCCGACCACGCCGCCGCCGCCGACAAGGCCCAAGGUCUCGGUCACUUCCUUCAUCGCAAACAGCGCCGACACAACAACGAGUCCGACAUCUCCAAAACCACCGUACUAAAGAAGGAUUCCUCCUCCAAGUCCGAGAAACACCGCCGCAAGAUCUCCGGCUCCAAGCUCCUUCGCUCGCUGCCGGCCCUUCCGCGUCUGUCGCGACACAAGUCCAAGAAGGAGAAAUCCAAACUGGGGCAGCAACAAGAAAUGGAAUCCUCCUCCCACCAAGCUCCGAGCGACGCCUCUGGGGCCUACUCGACCCAGCGCACCGACGGUAUAAGAGAAGAAAAGGAGGGCGAGGAGGAGGACGAGGAGGAGGAUGACGACGAUGACGAUGGAGACCACCGCCUCGCUCCCGUCAUGAGCAGGAUGCUCGAAGCCAAAGCCGAAAUGUCGGCGCGGCCCAGCUUCGAUGUCGACCGCCGCUCCGCCGACCAACUCACCUACAGCGACUCGGCCGAGUCCAACGCCACCGCGCUGGCCCGCCGCCUGCAGGACAUUUUCGAGUUUGACCACCCAGAGGUCGUGAUAGAAGAGUACCCCUGCUGGCUGCUCCAGAGCGUCCUCCUGCAGGGCUACAUGUACAUCACGGCGAAGCACAUUUGCUUCUAUGCUUACCUUCCUAAGAAGGCGCACGAGGUUGUCAAGUCGGGCUAUCUGUCCAAGAGCGGCAAACGCAACCCCAAAUACAACCGAUACUGGUUCCGCCUCAAGGGCGACGUUCUGGCCUACUACAAAGACCCCUCCAACGUCUAUUUUCCGAGCGGCCAGAUCGACCUCCGCUACGGCAUCUCGGCCAGCGUCAACGACAAAAAGGACGGCCUCGGCUUCACCGUCGUCACACAUCACCGUACAUACCACUUCAAGGCCGACAGCGCACCAAGCGCCAAGGAAUGGGUCAAGAGCCUGCAGAGGGUCAUCUUCCGCUCCCACAACGAGGGCGACAGCGUCAAGAUCUCGCUGCCCAUCGAGAACGUCAUCGACAUCGAGGACACCCAGAUGCUCGAGUUUGCCGACACGUGCAAGAUCCGCGUCAUUGACAACGACGAGACGUACGCCAUCGAUGAGUACUUCUUCUCCUUCUUCAGCUUCGGCAAGGACGCCAUCAACGUUCUCAAGAUCCUGAUCGAGGAUGCCUCGUCCAAUGCCAGGGACACGGCGAAACUGAAGGCCGCCGCCGCCGCCGCGCAGCAGCAGCAGCAGCAACAACAACAACAGCAGCAGCAUGAAGAGGAGAAGCAGCCCGUCACCGCCUCUGCGCGCAGCUCCAUGAGCGCAAGCAGACGCGCCGCCGCGCCGCUGAAGCUGAGGACCAGCAAGCUCCCCGACGCCGUCAAGGCCACUCUCUCGCCCCUGUCUGCUCAAGCCCAUAGCCCGUCGGCCCUCAGCCCUCGCGCCAGCAUGGAUGCUGCGCGGUCCAGCUUCGACGCCUUUCGCGGUUUCCGUCGCAGGAGUCUGGAUCUUUCCACCAUUAUCCGGGACUCGUCGCCCCGGCGUAGCUUCAGCGGCAAUCGGCGUUCCAUGAGCAGAAACCGGCUCGACGACUCCCGGCACGCGCCGCACCACCAAGACCACCAGGGUUCCACCGACUCGUACGUGCAGUCGUCCAUGGAGGACCCGAGCUACUCGGGCAUGGUCGCCUCGUCGAGCGAGGACCCUUCGGCGAGCCAGAUACUGCGGGGUAGCGACGUCUUCCAGAACCCUACGAUGCGUCGGUCCACCUCGAUCUCUCGCACGGAGCAGGACAAGAGCCAGCGAAGUCGGGGGCAGAGAACCCCUCCCUCUCUGGCCGCAUACAGCCGACAGCAUGCCGCGACUACCGGCUCCAUCAACGAUGGCGAUAAGCCACCGGCGACGCCGACCCUCCAGAGCAUCACCAAGAUGGGCGCGUUCCCGCUGCAACGCGUGGGCGCCUUUGCCGAGUACCUCAACAGCACUAGCAGUAAGUUGGGCUCGAUGCUGGCGACGGAAUCCAUGGGCUACGUGGAAAAGGUCUCGGGCAUGUGGCGAGGUGGCCGCAAGCACUACGACGCUCCGCCCGAGAUCAAAACCGACGACGAGGAUCUCUAUGAGGAUGCCGAGGGCAAGAUACAGACUUCCAUGGACCGCUUCCGCGCGCACUUUGCGCUGCCCGAGACGGAGAAGCUUCAAGCCACCUACUUCGGCUACAUCCUGCGUGUCCUGCCGCUGUACGGCAAGAUCUACAUCAGCGACAAGUCCUUCUGCUUCCGAAGCUUGUUGCCGGGAACGAGAACGAAGCUCAUCCUUCCCCUCAAGGACAUUGAGAACGUGGACAAGGAGAAGGGGUUCCGCUUCGGCUACUCAGGCCUGGUUAUCGUCAUCCGGGGUCACGAGGAGGUCUUCUUUGAGUUCGGCCAGGCCGAACUUCGGGACGACUGCGCCGUCACGUUGUUGCAGGGCCUGGAGACGACGCGCUAUCUGAAGGAGACGGGAGACCUGGACAUGGAAGAAAAAGAAGAAGAAGAGAAUGCCAUGGCCGAGCGCGACGCGCUGAAGAAGGCGCGCCAGAUCGAAGAGUUCCACGACCACGAACUGCGUCUGCCGAAGGAGAGCUCAGGCGUCAGCGAUGCCCCGACGAUCCUGUUCGACGACCCCAAGGCCUCAUUCCUCAACUUCAAGCCGCCCCAUUCCAUGAAGAUCACCUGCCUAACGAUUGGUUCCAGAGGCGACGUCCAGCCCUACAUUGCCCUGUGCAAGGGCUUGAUCGCCGAGGGCCACCGGCCUCGCAUCGCCACCCAUGGCGAAUUCAAGGACUGGAUCGAGGGGCACGGCAUCGAGUUCACCAAGGUCGAAGGCGACCCCGGUGAGCUCAUGCGGCUCUGCAUCGAGAACGGCACUUUUACCUGGGCCUUCUUGAGAGAGGCGAACUCGAUGUUCCGCGGCUGGCUCGAUGAGCUGCUGGUGUCGGCGUGGGAGGCCUGCCAGGGCUCCGAUCUUCUGAUCGAGAGCCCCAGUGCCAUGGCCGGCAUCCACAUUGCCGAGAAGCUCUCGAUCCCCUACUUCCGAGCCUUCACGAUGCCCUGGACCCGGACGAGAGCCUACCCUCAUGCGUUCGUCAUGCCCGAGUACAAAAUGGGUGGUGCGUACAACUACAUGACGUACGUCAUGUUCGACAACAUUUUCUGGAAGGCCACGGCGCACCAGGUCAACCGCUGGCGCAAUAACACGCUCAAGCUGCCCAACACAAGCCUCGAGAAGAUGCAGCCGAACAAGGUGCCGUUCCUCUACAACUUCUCCGAGUACGUCGUUGCGCCGCCCCUGGACUUUUCCGACUGGAUCCGCGUCACCGGAUACUGGUUCCUGGACGAAGGGUCGGAUUUCCAGCCGCCGCAGGAUCUCACCGACUUCAUCGCCAAGGCGAGGGCGGACGAGAAGAAGCUCGUCUACGUCGGGUUCGGCUCCAUCAUCGUCAACGACACGGCCAAGAUGACCCAAGAGGUCAUUGACGCCGUUCUCAAGGCCGAUGUCCGCUGCAUCCUGUCCAAGGGCUGGUCGGACCGCGUGGCCAAGCAAGACGACGACGCCGGUGCCGCCGGCGCCGACGCUGGCUCGAAGAAGGACGAACCGGUCAUGCCGCCCGAGAUUUUUGUCAUCAAGAGCGCACCCCACGACUGGCUGUUUUCGCAGAUCGACGCGGCCGCCCACCACGGCGGAUCCGGCACGACUGGCGCCAGCUUGAGGGCGGGCAUCCCCACCAUCAUCCGACCGUUCUUCGGCGACCAGUUCUUCUUUGGGGCCCGCGUGGAAGACAUUGGCGUCGGUAUCUGCUUGAAGAAAUGGGGGGCUGUUUCUUUCGCUCGUGCCCUUUGGGAAGCCACGCACAACGACCGCAUGAUCGUCAAGGCUCGUGUGCUCGGGGAGCAAAUCCGCGGUGAACGCGGCGUGGAAAACGCCAUCCAGUGCAUCUACCGCGAUAUGGAGUACGCGACGAGCUUGAUCAAGCGAAAGGCGGGCAAACACGCACAGUCGGAAGAGGACGACGACGAGGAAGCCGAGGAGAGCUGGACCUUCAUAGGAAACGACGAGCCCGACCCGGACAUGACGACGAAGAAGCUGUCAGAGAUGGGAGCGCCUCUCGGCCUGCCGGAACCCAAGCCCCUUGGGACGAGGGUGAUGCGCGUGUCGCCGUCAGCCUCGCAGCAGCAGGUAGCCUAG